CCACAUCCUAGAAAUCCAGCCCUUCUGCCCUCCGGAGACGCCUUUCCCAACAACGCAAAGACAAUCUCUGUAAGUGGACUUGUUUGUUUUGGAAUCUUCCCUUUUCAUCUCAUUCAGCCGACUUAGCAAGAUCUGAAGAGUGGUAUUAAUAAAUUACCAGGAUGGAGAUCGCCUCUCAUCAGUCUCACCUUCUGCAGCAGCUGAAUGAGCAGCGCCGGCAAGACGUGUUUUGUGAUUGCAGUAUCUUGGUUGAAGGAAAGGUUUUCAAAGCACAUCGCAAUGUAUUAUUUGCUAGCAGUGGUUACUUUAAAAUGCUGCUUUCUCAGAAUUCAAAGGAAACAAGUCAACCCACCACGGCUACAUUUCAAGCGUUCUCCCCAGACACAUUCACAGUAAUCCUGGACUUUGUCUAUUCUGGCAAACUGUCUCUUACUGGGCAGAAUGUUAUAGAAGUGAUGUCUGCUGCUAGCUUCCUGCAGAUGACUGAUGUCAUUAGUGUGUGUAAGACAUUUAUUAAAUCUUCCUUGGACAUUAGUGAGAAAGAAAAAGACCGCUACUUCAGUCUCUCAGAUAAGGAUGCCAAUUCUAACAAUGUAGAGCGUUCCUCUUUUUGUAAUGGUGGCUGGCAGGAAGAGAGCAGCUCUCCACAUUCUCAUCUCAGCUCAGACCAAGGAACAGGUACAAGUGGAAAGUCGUGGAGUAAGUAUAAUUACCAUCCAGCCUCUCAGAGGAGCACUCAGCAACCUCUGGCCAAGCAUGAACAGAGGAAAGACUCCAUUAAAAAGACCAAACAUCUGAGAUUGUCACAGCCAUCCGAAGUUGCUCAUUGUAAGUCCAGCAGACGAGAAGCACGGACAUCAGAUUCUUCCAACCAUGUUUCCAUGCCUGACGAACGAGUGCAUAUUGAUGCCGAAGUGGACACCACCCCUGUUGGCUAUCAGUAUGGUCCAGGAUCUGAGGUCACAUCCAGGAGUUUUCCAGAUGAUCUGCCCAGGAUGCGAUUCAAGUGUCCCUACUGCACACACGUGGUGAAGAGGAAAGCAGACCUCAAGCGCCACAUGCGCUGUCAUACAGGAGAAAGGCCCUACCCAUGUCAAGCUUGUGGAAAGCGAUUUAGCAGGCUUGACCAUCUAAGUAGUCACUUCCGAACAAUUCACCAGGCAUGCAAACUCAUCUGCAGGAAAUGCAAGCGCCAUGUGACUGACCUAACAGGGCAGGUGGUACAAGAAGGAACCAGGCGCUACAGACUGUGCAAUGAGUGCCUUGCUGAGGUUGGCAUAGAUAGUCUCCCCAUGGAUCUGGAAGCUGAGCAACAUCGUAUGUCCCCAUCAGAUGGAGAUAAGGAUUCACGAUGGCACUUGAAUGAAGAUGAGAACAGAUCCUAUGUGGAAAUUGUAGAGGACGGGUCUGCUGAUCUGGUCAUCCAACAGGUUGAUGAUAGUGAAGAGGAAGAAAAGGAAGUAAAGCCCAACAUUAGGUAGCUGUCAUGUGAACCCACAGAGCUGGCAGGUCUGUAUUGUCAUUGACAUCCUGUGUCUGUCUCUCUCCCCAUGGUCACAGUGUGGUUAACAGAUUUUUCACACUGACUUAAAUCACCUGAUGUAACUUGCAUGCUUUCUGAAUAGGCCAUUGUAUCCAUUCUGAAUUCUGUUGCCCUAAAAUAUGUUGCUGCACUGGAAAGACCUUGCUUGAGUUGGCAUGAUGAAUGAACACUUAUCCUCUUAUGUUAUUACACAGAUGCCAUUUUCUUUUAAUAUUGUAAAAUCUAUUUAGUAACCAUUUUACAAAAAAAAGUAUUUUAAAUAAAUUUAUCACAACCAAA